AUGGACGACCAACAUCUACCACGCGAGUUUCUAUGUCGAUAUAGCGGGGCUGCCUCGUGUAACCCCACUUUGGAAGCCAAAACCCCUGUCACAAGCACUAGCCAACCAGAUCAGGACGCCACCAAGCGCCCCUGGUAUAACCCAUGUGGCUGUUCUCUGCGCAACAAAAUCAUCACUGGUGCAGCAGCCAUUGUGAUUUUGUUGAUCACCAUCGUGGUACCUAUCGAAGUGAUUCAAACUCGUUAUCCAAACUACAUAGCUUUGAACUACACACUGGUUGAUGUAUACUCCGGCCCAUCAUUCUUCGAUCAAUUCACCUAUUUUACAGACGAAGACCCAACAAGCGGCUUUGUGGUCUAUGUCGACGAAAACACCGCGACAAGUCUUAACCUCACCUAUGCAACGGACACCUCCGCGAUCCUGCGCGUCGACGCAAAAACAAAUAACCCCAAGGCAGGCCGCAACUCCGUGCGCAUAGAAUCCAAAAACCAAUACGACAGAGGCCUGUUCAUCUUUGAUAUCCUGCACACACCCUUCGGCUGCGGCACCUGGCCCGCGCUAUGGCUGACAGAUGGCUACAACUGGCCUAAAAACGGCGAGAUUGACGUCCUAGAAACUACCAACGACGGAAGCCACGGCAAUGAGAUCACCCUGCACACAACAAAAGGAUGCUCAAUGGACGUCAAGCGCAAGCUAACCGGCCAAGCAAUCUUCCAUAACUGCAACUCCAAAGGAAAUACCGGCUGCGGCGUGCUGGGCGACGAGUCCACAUACGGCGAAGCAAUGAAUAACAACGGCGGGGGCGUGUACGCUCUCGAACUCCGCGACGCAGGCAUUCGGGCCUGGUUCUUCCGUCGUGAUUCCAUUCCCGCUGAUAUCGGUGCUUCAAACCCCGAUCCGUCUUUGUGGGGGAUUGCGUUGGCAGACUUCCCCAGCACCAAGUGCGACAUUGGGUCGCACUUUAGGAAUCAAAGUAUCAUUGCUAAUAUCGACUUUUGUGGUGAGCUUGCUGCACAGAAGCAGUAUUAUGAUACUAUGUACCACUGUCCUGGGACUUGUACGGACUUCGUGGCGAAGCAUCCUGGGAGCUUUGUUGAUGCUUAUUGGGAGUUUAAGAGCUUCAAAGUCUAUCAGGCUGAUUAG